AUGAACCCCCCCUCCCCCGAUGCCUACGUUCAACUCGAAACCCCCCCGGUUGUAAUCCAAGAGAAACAAGAAUCCCUUCAAUCCUCGCCCAUUCUGGACCGUCAAAGAGCCCUUUUGAUUCAUGCCGCCCAGCAACCCUAUACCCUUGUCACCGACCACCUCGUGCCAGCAAUUCUGAAAGAUGGCGAAAUCCUCGUCAAGGUCGUUGCAAUUGGCCUCAAUCCCGUCGACUGGAAGGGCCCUGCAUUCAACUUCGGCCUCCCAUCGCUCCCCUGGAUCAAUGGCCGUGACUUGACCGGCAUUGUUGUCCGCGGUUUUGACCCCUCGGGGCGCGUCCGUACCGGCGAUCUCGUCCUCGUCCCCUCCACAGACUACCGCGACAUUCGUAAAGCAGCGUUCCAGGAAUACGCCAUCACCACUGCCUCCAACGCCGCCCGUAUCCCCUCCGCCACCUGCUCCCAGGCUGCCGCUUCGCUGGGCGUGGCAUUUGUGGCCGCUGUGCUGUCACUGGGUGUGUCGUUGGGCUUGGACCUGUCCGCGAUCGAUGCCCUGCCCGGGCCCGACCUUAUCAACACAUUGAAGGGGGUGGAUGAGAAUGAGAUCCCGGUGGAUGUGCGGGGGGAGUGCUUCUCUGCAUCUGAGGAUGCGGAUCGCAUUAGGAAGGGCGACUGGUUGGCUAUCUGGGGCGCCUCCACCACAACGGGCUUCAUCACUCUCCAACUUGCCAAACUCGCCGGCCUCCGCGUCAUCUGCGUCGCCGACGUCGCCCGUCACGGCGCCAAACUCCUCGAACUCGGCGCAGACCUCCUCGUCGACCGACAGGACCCCGAGCGCGCCGUGCAAAUCAUCCAGGGCGUUACUAACAACAAUCUCCGCUACGCCAUCGACAUUGUCGGCCGGGAGACCGCUACACUCCUGCAGCGCACGCUUGCGAACUCGGAGCGGGCGCACUUGCUCGGCUACGCGGGUCUGCCCAAGGAGCAGUUGGAAAACAUUAAGUACCAUAACAUUCCUGUGAAGUUGUUCCACUCGUCACCGGCCGUCGGGGAGCAGAUGGUUUGCUGGCUGGAGGGGUUGAUGCAGAGCAAGUUGUUGAACUUGCCGGAUAUUGUGCAGGCGCAAGGUGGUCUUGGGGGGAUUAAUGCUGCGUUAGAGUUGUUGCGUAGUGGGAGUGUAGGGGGUAAGCGGGUGGUUGUUAACUUGGAUUGA